AUGUCUGCCGCACGCAGCAGCGGUCUCAGCGACCGGCCACGCUGCAAGCAGUCUAAGGGUAAGCCGUACCCCAAGAGCAGGUACUGCCGUGGUGUGCCUGACCCCAAGAUCCGCAUCUACGAUGUGGGCAUGAAGAGGGCUGAUGUGGACACCUUCCCCUGCUGCGUCCACCUGGCGAGUUGGGAGAAGGAGAACGUGUCGUCCGAGGCGCUGGAGGCGGCCCGCGUGGCGGCCAACAAGUACAUGACCAAGAACGCCGGCAAGGAGUCCUUCCACCUCCGCGUCCGCGUGCACCCCUUCCACGUGCUGCGCAUCAACAAGAUGCUUUCGUGCGCCGGCGCGGAUCGGCUGCAGACGGGCAUGCGCGGCGCGUUCGGCAAGCCCCAGGGCGUGGCCGCGCGCGUGCUGAUCGGGCAGAUCCUCAUGUCGAUCCGCUGCAGGGACCAGCACCAGGGCGUGGCCGCCGAGGCGCUGCGCCGCGCCAAGUUCAAGUUCCCCGGCCGCCAGAAGAUCGUGACCAGCCGCAACUGGGGCUUCACCCCCUACUCGCGCGACGACUUUGUGCAGUGGCGCAAGGAGGGCCGCCUCGUCAACUCGGGCGUGCACGCCACGCUCCUGGGCGCCCGCGGCGCUGUGGCCGACCGCGCGCCGGAGCACCUGUUCGCCAGCGCCGCGCGCAUCCACAAGAUCCCCGUCCACCCGGAGUAG